AUGUCUGCGUUAAAGAAGAGAAACUCCAAUUCCUCCGUGGACAAGGGGGAAGACAAGCAUGUCACGGAGAGGAUGCUGUCACCUGGAAGCCCCUUGGACUCCACCGAGACGGGAGCACUGGUGUCCCCCGGAGAUGACUCGAGCAAAGCGGUGUCUGGAGGAGGAGGACAGGGGGUCGAGCUGAAGAGGACCAUCACGCUGCUGAACGGCGUGGCCAUCAUCGUGGGCACCAUCAUCGGCUCGGGCAUCUUCGUCACCCCCACCGGAGUAGUGAAGGAAGCCGGGUCCGUGGGCUUGUCCCUUGUGGUGUGGUCCGUGUGCGGGGUGUUCUCCACAGUGGGCGCGCUGUGCUAUGCCGAGCUGGGCACCACGAUCACGAAGUCUGGAGGGGACUAUGCCUACAUCCUGGAGGUGUAUGGACCCCUGGUGGCUUUCCUCAAGCUGUGGAUCGAGCUGCUCAUCAUACGCCCGUCCUCGCAGUAUAUUGUCGCCUACGUCUUUGCCACGUACCUCCUGAAGCCAGUCUUUCCAUCCUGCCCCGUCCCGGAGACUGGAGCCAAACUGGUGGCAUGUCUUUGUAUCAUGCUCCUGACCUUUGUGAACUGCUACAGUGUGAAGGCGGCUACCAGAGUACAAGAUUUCUUCGCUGCAGCCAAGCUCCUGGCCCUCGCUCUCAUCAUCAUCAUAGGAUUUGUGAAGAUUGGCCUUGGUGGCACUGAUGACCUGCUGCCAGAAAAUUCCUUCCAAGGCUCUAAAUAUGAUUUUGGCAGUAUUGGUCUGGCCUUGUACAGCGGUUUAUUUGCAUAUGGUGGUUGGAAUUACCUAAAUUUUGUCACAGAGGAGAUGAUUGAGCCAUACAAAAAUCUUCCACGCGCCAUCAUCAUCUCGUUGCCCAUAGUGACCGUUGUCUACGUUCUCACCAAUCUGGCCUAUUUCACCACCCUGUCCCCAGAACAGAUGCUCAACUCGGAGGCAGUGGCUGUGGACUUUGGGAACUGCUACCUCGGGCCCAUGUCCUGGAUAAUCCCAGUGUUUGUGGGGCUCUCCUGCUUUGGAUCGGUCAAUGGCUCCUUGUUCACCUCUUCUAGGUUGUUCUUUGUGGGCUCUCGAGAAGGUCACCUGCCCAGUCUGCUUUCCAUGAUCCACCCCACUCUCCUCACCCCACUGCCAUCACUUAUAUUCACCUGUUUGAUGACCCUGCUGUAUGCCUUCUCCAAUGACAUCUUCUCAGUGAUAAACUUCUUCAGCUUCUUCAACUGGCUCUGCAUUGCCAUGGCCAUUGUAGGAAUGAUGUGGCUGCGUUAUAAGAAGCCUGAGCUCGAACGGCCAAUUAAAGUGAACAUCCUCUUGCCAAUCUCCUUUGUGUUGGCGUGUCUGUUCCUCAUUAUUGUAUCGUUUUGGAAGACGCCGAUAGAAUGUGCCAUCGGCUUUGGAAUCAUCGCCACUGGUCUUCCGGUUUACUUUUUGGGAGUGUGGUGGAAGAACAAACCCAAGUGGCUGCUCAACGCCAUCUUUUCCACCACAGCCAUGUUUCAGAAGGUGAUGGAGGUGGUCCCUCAGUCCUAA